AGAGAUUAACAAAAGAGAAAACGGAGAUAAAGCUGUGAUGAAAUAUUUGCUUUCUAUAUCGUACUCAUUCGAAAUUGAAAAAGGUUUUCAAUUUGAACGGUUACAUUUUACCGUAAAUUGAAUGUUCUAUUACUGUUACUUGACCUAUUCAGUUAAACCUCAUUGAUUCCCAUCCUACCUGGUUGCCCAUUGAAGUGAUUCAGUAUUUUCUUUGAACUUGAACCCAAUUCUCUGAAAACAACUAUGUUCAUAAAAAUACCAAUCAUUCAGUUUCAAUAGCUUCAGAACAAACUAUUGAUGAUUAAUCCCAUCCUACCUGGUUGCCCAUUGAAGUGGUUCAGGAUUUUCUUUGAACUUGAACCCAAUUCUCUGAAAACAACUAUGUUCAUAAAAAUACCAAUCAUUCAGUUUCAAUAGCUUCAGAACAAACUAUUGAUGAUUAAUCCCAUCCUACCUGGUUGCCCAUUGAAGUGGUUCAGGAUUUUCUUUGAACUUGAACCCAAUUCUCUGAAAACAACUACGUUCAUAAAAAUACCAAUCAUUCAGUUUCAAUAGCUUCAGAACAAACUAUUGAUCCCAUCCAACCUGGUUGCCCAUUGAAGUGGUCCAGGAUUUUCUUUGAACUUGAACCCAAUUCUCUGAAAACAACUAUGUUCAUAAAAAUACCAAUCAUUCAGUUUCAAUAGCUUCAGAACAAACUAUUGAUCCCAUCCAACCUGGUUGCCCAUUGAAGUGGUCCAGGAUUUUCUUUGAACUUGAACCCAAUUCUCUGAAAACAACUAUGUUCAUAAAAAUACCAAUCAUUCAGUUUCAAUAGCUUCAGAACAAACUAUUGAUCCCAUCCAACCUGGUUGCCCAUUGAAGCGGUCCAGAAUAGCUACAGUACUAUUGAUCAACAAUUAGAAUUGUCCAACAAUAAAAACUUUUCAUUUUGACCUCAAUUGUUCAACAAUAACAAUAAUUGUUCAACAAUAACAAUAAUUGUUCUACAACAUACCAAUUCUUUGUUUCCAGAAACUCUGUGUACAACAUGACAGAAACUACGAUCCAGUUUCUUGAAAAUCAUAUUAAAUCAUUGCUUUUCAUUCCUAUCGUGGCAAUGAAUGGUACCUUGGCAGUCAUCGAAACAGUGCAGAGAUACCUCCAUCAUGACAAACAAGAAAUUGUUGGUAUCGUCAGUAAAGUAAAUGUUGCUCCGAUCAGAACAACAAAGAUGCUAUCCGUAGAAUCAUGGGACGUUACAACAGUCGGCCUCAAGCACAACAAACGUCUGGCUGUGUAUGUUAAAAACCCUGAAAUAGCUCGGCUUUAUGGGAAUACAAAGCUGGGAAGCAAGUUAACCAGCAUAUCAUGCACCUUUACUGAUCCCUCUUGUGAGAAGAUGUGCAUCUCCUGUCAAGGACACGAUGAUUUGAUCUUGUGCCUGCGUGAAAUUGUGUCUGGAGAACGAAUCUUUGGGUUGAAGUUCAAUGAUGAUCUGCUCUCCGAUGACAGGGAGUAUAUAAACGCUGGUGAGGAGGCUGGCAAUUGGAUGACUGCUGUUCUUGGUGGACAACCAGUAACCCUACUCUAUGUACCAGAUAGAAAACUAUCAGGUGAACACAACUUCCCUGUGUACAGAGCACCAAAUAAGAAACCAGCAGCAAUACCUCCUGUUCUUAUAACUUCCGUGAGCACGUUGGACAGGAUGAACGCGGAGGCAGGUACUGCAGUGGAAAUGGAAAGGUUCAGACCGAGUGUGGUGGUUACUGGAUGUGAGGCUGGGGCAGAGAACCUCUGGAAAGUUGUCAGAAUUGGGGAUCAGCUGGAGUUGGAGCAAACGUUCAUGAGUCCUAGAUGUGGGGUUAUCAAUGCUUUUAAAGGUGAAAUGGACACCAAGGUGUAUGACACUGUCUUUAAACAUGGACCGUUCAGGGAUACACGAAACAGGGCUUGUUUUGGAAGUUACUGGAAGGUGUUGCGACCAGGUAAGGUGAAGGUUGGAGAUGAGAUUGUGGUGCUGAAGUCUGUUGAUCGUGAACUAACUGGACCGUAUGUUUUAUCCGACGAAUUUAUUUUGGGGUGACUGUCUUUUGUGCAAACAGAGUAA